UGUCAAAUCCGAGGACAUCUGUGAAACCGUCAUCGCCGCCUCGCAUUUUUACGUAGAAAGAAGAUGCUAUAUUUGAUCAUUCUGUUCACUCUGUGAGGAGCUGGAGAAAGAUCCUUUGUGAAAUAAGCUUGGAGAAAAAAACAACCUACUGUAAGAAAAAAUGAGUCAUCAGUCUGCCACUUCACAUCCAUCUCAGUAACUAUUUACCUGCACUUGGGCAAUCCUCAUCCAACCUGCCUCCAACCACACUCACAAGCACUCUGCCAGUGACCCCACUGCUGCUCCUGCAGGCUGGGUACGGAGCUGGUCUGGCCGUGUGCCCCUCCAGCUCUGCGUGUUAGUGUGAGAUGGAGCGGCAGGAAGCAGUGGGUCACUGCCGCUGUGGACUGUAAUGUCAGAACCCAGCAGCCCCGGUGAGAGCCAGCGCGGCGCUCCCAGAUUCUUCGUGGGCUGCGCAGAGGAUGAGAGCGAGGGUCUGGACGAUUUCGCCAGCAUGAGGACAGAAAUAGAGCUGUACGAAGAUGACCUGGAGGACAACUCGCCUCCAGAGCAUCAGAUCGUGGUGGGGAUUUGCUGUAUGAUGAAGAAAUCGAAGUCCAAACCCAUGACUCAGAUCUUGGAGCGUCUUUGUAAGUUUGAGUACAUCACCGUGGUCAUCUUUCCGGAGGAUGUCAUACUCAAUGAGCCGGUGGAAAAGUGGCCGCUCUGCGACUGCCUGAUCUCCUUUCACUCUAAAGGCUUCCCACUGGAUAAGGCAGUGAGUUAUGCAAAGCUUCGUAACCCUCUGCAUAUCAAUGACCUUAAUAUGCAGUAUUACAUACAGGACAGGAGGGAAGUAUAUCGUAUUCUGCAAGAGGAGGGGAUAGAUCUGCCACGUUACGCUGUGUUAAAUCGUGACCCUGACAAACCUGAAGAGUGCAACCUGAUUGAGGGAGAAGACCAAGUUGAAGUUAACGGUGAAGUGUUUCUCAAACCCUUCGUAGAGAAGCCAGUUUCUGCAGAGGACCAUAAUGUGUACAUCUAUUACCCAACCUCAGCUGGUGGAGGCAGCCAACGCCUCUUCAGAAAGAUUGGAAGCAGAAGUAGUGUUUACUCUCCAGAGAGCAGUGUGAGGAAAACAGGCUCCUAUAUUUAUGAAGAGUUCAUGCCAACUGAUGGCACAGAUGUGAAGGUGUAUACAGUUGGGCCAGAUUAUGCUCAUGCAGAGGCACGCAAGUCCCCUGCUUUGGAUGGAAAAGUUGAGCGAGACAGUGAAGGCAAAGAAAUCCGUUACCCGGUCAUGCUCACUGCUAUGGAGAAACUUGUGGCCCGCAAAGUCUGUCUGGCAUUUAAGCAAACAGUGUGUGGAUUUGACCUCCUCCGUGCUAACGGCCACUCAUAUGUCUGCGAUGUCAACGGCUUUAGCUUUGUGAAGAAUUCCAUGAAAUACUAUGAUGACUGUGCUAAGAUUCUAGGAAAUAUUGUGAUGAGGGAGCUAGCUCCUCAGUUCCAGAUCCCUUGGUCUAUACCUACAGAAGCAGAGGACAUUCCAAUUGUCCCCACUACGUCAGGCACCAUGAUGGAGCUGCGCUGUGUGAUCGCUGUGAUCCGUCAUGGAGAUCGCACACCAAAGCAGAAGAUGAAGAUGGAAGUGCGGAAUCCCAUGUUUUUCGAGCUUUUUGAAAAAUACGGUGGGUACAAAACAGGCAAGCUAAAGCUGAAGAAACCCAAACAACUACAGGAAGUAUUGGACAUUACAAGGACACUCUUGGCAGACAUGGGUCAGCAUACUGACUGCGAGAUUGAAGAGAAGAAGUCCAAACUUGAACAACUGAAGACUGUUUUAGAAAUGUAUGGCCAUUUCUCUGGAAUCAAUAGGAAAGUGCAGCUAACCUACCUUCCUCAUGGACGGCCAAAAACAUCCAGUGAGGAAGAAGAUACCCGUAAGGAGGGCCCCUCUAUACUUCUGGUGCUGAAGUGGGGGGGGGAGCUGACUCCAGCCGGCAGAGUUCAGGCUGAAGAACUUGGCAGAGCCUUCCGUUGCAUGUAUCCUGGAGGUCAAGGAGAUUAUGCUGGCUUUCCAGGCUGCGGCUUGCUCAGACUACACAGCACCUAUCGCCAUGACCUCAAGAUCUACGCUUCUGAUGAGGGCAGGGUGCAGAUGACUGCUGCUGCCUUUGCUAAGGGUCUUUUGGCACUGGAAGGGGAACUGACACCCAUCCUGGUCCAGAUGGUUAAGAGUGCAAAUAUGAAUGGCCUUCUGGAUAAUGACAUUGAAUCCCUCAGUGGAUGCCAGCAAAGGGUUAAGGCCAGACUGCAUGAGAUCAUGCAGAAAGAUGAAGCUUUCACAGAAGAAGACUUUGACAGGCUGGCUCCAACAUGCAGCAGUUCACUGGUGAACUCUAUGAAUGCCGUGGAGAAUCCAGUGAGCACAUGUGAUAAAGUCUACACCCUCAUUCAGAGCCUCACCUCACAGAUCCGCAAAAGACUUGAAGACCCCAAAUCAGCAGACUUACAGCUGUACCACAGCGAGACACUGGAGAUGAUGUUGCAGCGCUGGUCCAAAUUGGAAAGGGACUUCCGCAUGAAGAGCGGUCGCUAUGACAUCAGCAAGAUUCCUGACAUUUACGACUGUGUUAAGUAUGACGUGCAGCACAACAGCUCUCUGGGCCUGGAGGACACAGUGGAACUCUUCAAGCUCUCUCGAGCACUAGCCGACAUUAUUAUACCACAGGAGUACGGCAUUAAUAAGGUGGAGAAGCUGGACAUUGCAUAUGCUUACUGUCUGCCUUUAGUGAAGAAGAUUCAGCUGGACCUACAGAGAACACAUGAGGAUGAGUCUGUCAACAAGCUGCAUCCACUAUAUUCGCGUGGAGUACUUUCACCAGGCAGGCACGUCCGAACUCGCCUAUAUUUCACCAGUGAGAGUCAUGUGCACUCCCUUCUUAGCAUCUUCCGUUACGGUGGCCUGUUGGAUGAGGAGAAGGACCAACAGUGGAAGAGAGCCAUGGAUUAUCUGGGUGCAGUGUCUGAGCUCAACUACAUGACCCAGAUAGUCAUUAUGCUCUAUGAAGACAACAAAAAGGACCCAUCCUCUGAAGAGCGCUUCCAUGUGGAACUGCAUUUCAGCCCGGGGGUUAAAGUAUCUGAGGAGGAGAGUGCUCCAAUGGGCUUUGGCUUCCGACCAGCCUCUGCUGAAAAUGAUCAAAAGCAAACAGACCCUGGUAGUUUGGAGAACCUUGCACGAGAUGAACCUGAUCGGGCCUUGCCCCUGUCUGAGGCCAUUAUCACACACAGGAAAUCUCCUCUGAUCCGGAAUCGCAAGACUGGCUCCAUGGAGAACACAAAAUGUGAAUUUUGGAAGAAUAUCCUGGAGGUCCUGUCAGAAAGCUCGUCUUCUAAAGGGGGCAGCUACCGCCUCUUCCCUUCCUGCUCACGUCAGUCUCCAGAGAUGAAGCAGAGUGGAUUAGGCUCACAGUGCGCUGGUCUCUUCAGCACCACCGUCCUGGGGGGCUCCUCUAGUGCCCCCAACCUUCAGGACUACGCGCGCACACAUCGCAAAAAAUUUUCCUCUGGCAGUUUGACCUAUAAAGACGAGUUGUUGUCUAUGCCGGCAGUAAAGCGAUUUUCGGUGUCGUUUGCAAAGCAUCCGACUAAUGUUUCAUCAUCUUUUUAUUCCUUUGAACAGUCUCAUGGCCCCCCCACACACUACUAUCGCUGUUUGUAACUUCGUGCGUACAGUAUCUCUCACGCUCACCCAGUGACUCAAUGUUGAUCAGUUUACAGAUGAUAAUUUAUAUGGAUGAGUGUAAGCACAUCUUGGUGUUUGGUGUGCCUGUACGCAUAAAUCUUUGGGUAGGUGGGUUUAUUAGAGUAAAGAUCACAAAUAUGAACCACUAUUGGACAACACAUCAGUGGCAGUGAUUAAACCCUUGCCCUGUUAGCAAUUCUCAUUUUGACAAUAUUUAACCGUAAAAGACAAUGCAGUGAUUGUUAACAUGGAAAUGGUUCUCCUGUCUCUCCUUUACCCCCUCACACUUCUCUCUUUUUUUGUUUAACUUCUAUUUCAUGAAAUGUUGUUCAAUGUCUUGAAUGUCAAAUUACAAAGUGAAAGAGUGUUUUAUGCUGUUUCACAUCAAUUCUUUGUGGGAAACAGCUUAAAAUCUCAAUGCUUUCUUCACUAAAACAAGCUUUGUCAUUUAGAAACCACAAACGACAAGGACUAAAAUUUCCUUCAAAUUAAGAUAUAAUUGCAUCAUAAGUAAUUAUAUUUGGAAACACUUUACAAUAAGGUUCAAUAUGUUAACAUUAGUUAGUGCAUUAGGUAUAAUGAACAAACAAUGAACACAUUUUAUUUCCACAGUAUUUAUUAAUCUUUGUUGAUGUUAGUUAAUUUCAUGUUAGUUCAUAAUGCAUUCACUUCUAUUGUAAGUGCCUGAGUGUAACCAAAAUUUUUACUUUUUUCAAAGAAAAGGACGGGCAAGUCCAAAUUAAUUUUGUGUAUCAACAUUGUCACAAAUGCUGUCGAUUGAGCUUACCUUGUAUUGAACCCGGAAUAUUCCUUUAACAAAUAACAUUUUUUAUUUAAAAAAUUUAUUAUUAUUUGUUAAAAUUCACAUUAAACAAGAUUAAUAAAUGCUGUAAAAGUAUUGUUCAUACAUAAGUUAGUUCAUGUUAACUAAAGUUGUUAGCUAAUGUUAAUAAAUAGAACCGUACUGUAAAGUGUUACCUUAUAUUCUCUUCAAUUAUUAACAUGACUAAAAUGUACCGUCUGUAACUUUGUAAUCCUUACUUGUGCCAUUUGUGGUAAUCUAAACUAAAAUUAUAAAUACACAUGCUGUGCAUACAAACUCCAUGUUGAGAUAAUGUUGGUUACCAGUGUUAUUCCCCCUGUUAAAGAAUAAUUUUUUAUAUGUUGUGAUCAUCUGGAAGCAGGGGAGAUAUAGCUCAACAAAUCCAAACUGAGACUAUUUUUGUAUGUUUUUUCAUACACUGGUUUGAAUUCAUCUUGCUAUAUAUACUACUUUUUACUUAACUGUACACUGUAUAUACAGUUGAAGUCAGAAGUUUAUAUACACCUUAGUCAAAUACAUUUAAACUCAGUUUUACACAAUUCCUGUGUGUAAAUUUAAUCGUAGAAAAAAUUCCCUGUCUUAGGUCAGUUAGGAUCACUAUAUUUUAAGAAUGUACAAUGUCAGAAUAAUACUAGAGAGAAUGAUUUAUUUCAGCAUUUCUUUCUUUCAUCACAUUCCCAGUGGGUCAGAAGUUUACAUACAGUUUGAUAGUAUUUGGUAGCAUUGCCUUUAAAUUGUUUAACUUGGCCCAUUCCUCCAGACAGAACUGGUGCAACUGAGUCAGGUUUGUAGGCCUCCUUUCUCGCACAUGAUUUUUCAGUUCUGCCCACAAAUUUUCUAUCUUUUUGUGAUGGCUACUCCAAUACCUUGACUUUGUUGUCCUUAAACCAUUUUGCCAUAAAACGGAAGGCCCAUUUGCAACCGAGCUUUAACUUCCUGGCUGAUGUCUUCAGAUGUUGCUUCAAUGUAUCCACAUAAUUUUACUUCCUCAUGAUGCCAUCUAUUUUGUGAAGUGCACCAGUCCCUCCAGCAGCAAAGCACCCCGACAACAUGAUGCUGCCAUCGACAUGCUUCACGGUUGGGAUGGUGUUCUUCGGCUUGCAAGCCUCACCCUUUUUCCUCCAAACAUAACAAUGGUCAUUAUGGCCAUUUUGUUUAAUCAGACCAGAGGACAUUUCUCCAAAAAGUAAGAUCUUUGUCCCCAUGUGCACUUGAAAACUGUAGUCUGGCUUUUUUAUGGCGGUUUUGGAGCAGUGGCUUUUUCCUUGCUGAGCAGCCUUUCAGGUUAUGUCGAUAUAGGCCUCGUUUUGGAUAUAGAUACUUGUCUACCUGUUUUCUCCAGCAUCUUCACAAGGUCCUUUUGUUGUUGUUCUGGGAUUGAUAUGUACUUUUCGCACCAAACUACAUUCAUCUCUAGGAGACGGAAUACGUCUCCUUCCUGAGCGGUAUGAUGGCUGUGUGUUCCCAUGGUGUUUAUACUUGCAUACUAUUGUUUGUACAGAUGAACAUGGUACCUUCAGGUGUUUGGAAAUUGCGCCCAAGGAUGAACCAGACUUGUGGAGGUCCACAAUUUUUUUCUUUUGAUUUUCCCAUGAUGUCAAGCAAAGAGGCACUGAGUUGGAAGGUAGGCCUUAAAAUAAAUCCACAGAUACACCUCCAAUUCAGUACACCUCCUGUCAGAAGCUAACUGAAUAAUUGUCUAAAGGCUUGACAUCAUUUUCUAACGUUUUCCAAGCUGCUUAAAGGUACAGUUAACUUAGUGUAUGUAAACUUCUGACCCACUGGAAUUGUGAUAUAGUCAAUUAAAAGUGAAACAAUCUGUCUGUAAACAAUUGUUGGAAAAAUUACUCAUGGCAUGCACAAAGUAGAUGUCCUAAGCAACUUGCCAAAACUAUAGUUUGCUAAUAUUAAAUCUGUGGAGUGGUUAAAUAAUGAGUUUUAAUGACUUCAACCUAAGUGUACGUAAACUUCUGACUUCAACUGUAUAAUGAUGAUGCUUUAAGGGUUUGUGUUAAUACUAGAAUGCUUGAGUGGAUGUGAUAUCCUAGGUCAAGAACAGUAAAACUACUGCAGCGUGUUAUGUGUGCAUGUAAGUGUAUUUGGACACUCUUGCUGCAUGUUUUCAGUACAUCUCAGGCAGAGCUUAAAGAUGGUCCCUCUUCCACCUACACACUCCCUGCCACCCACCACACUGGGUUCCCUGCCAUCCAGCUUUUAAAACAUUUCACGAAGGAGCCUUUUGCCCACGCUAAUUAUGUCCCUGUAGUUAAUACGAAAUACUCACCUUCAUGUUUCUGAAAUUAGUGCACACUGUAAACCAUUUCAUUUGCUGUUAUUUUAUUCCUCAAGUUUAUUUGGCCUAAUUAGAAAUUGUAUUGUCUGUAUUUUCCUGGUAGGUUUGUGUGCCUGUGUGGAUUUAUGUAUGUAUGUAUGUAUGUAUGUAUGUAUGUAGGUCAGGUUCUGCUAUCUUUUUGGAAACCAAAUGUUCCUAUAAUGAUAGUAAAACUUAAAAUCCCCUACAUUGUAGGGACCUCCCAAUGUUCCCAAUGAUGAAAACAUCUGAACAGAGGGACUUGAUCAUUUUUUAAUUAAAAGUUAAAACUCAAAAGUUGUCUUUAAGGGGUAGGUGGACAGUUAGGAUAUUGCAAAUAUAAUUAGCUUAAUAUAAAAACUAAAGUUUAAUUUUGAUAAAACUAAACUUUAAUUAUGAUAUUAAAAAGGUAUGUGUGUGAGUGUGUGUUUGAAUCUUAAGAUGUGAUUUUAUGACAAAAAAGUGCUUUUCCACCAAUGGGCCGAACGGUUCUGAACAUAAUAAGUAACCGUUCCAGAAGCAAUAACUGUUCUGGUGGAACGGCUUUACUGACACGGUGACUCAUCUGUCCAGUCAGUCAAUUCUAAUCCUGAUUUCACAGCACCACAAACCGUAACUGUGUCAACAAGCCCAUACUGGUACAGAACUGCAUGGUUCCUCAAUAGGAAUCAGUUGGCCUGAUGGUGGAAAAGCGGCUGAAGAUUGUGAACCUAAUAAAACUCAAGUGUGUACUCUGGCUGGCUACCAGUGUAAGAGUGAAAGUACCCUUCAUUUCUUGUUAAGCAUUAGCUUCUAUUUACACUUCAGUACUUUAAAAGGUUGUUCUUGUGAUUUGCGAUCAUUUACAACUGUUGGCAAAAAGGUACAAAUUUUAUAAUGAUUACUAUUUCAUACUUUAUUAAAUGUGUGAUAUGGCAAUUAUUGGUACUGUUUUAUUAAAUAAUCAAGUUCAUCUCUAUGGUAAGGAUCUAUAACUAUGGCUCUUGUAUAUUCAGUAAAUCCUAAUAAUGUGAUAUCCUCAAAGAGUAGACUAGGAAUGAAAAGGGAACAUGUGGUUGUGGUGUGAAGUUUGACUCCACUGAGCACUGUAUUUACUUUAGGCACACAGGAUGAUACUUCUGCCAUGUCGGUUAAACCAUUUCUGUGGUGGCCCGGCUCAGGUAACGAAAGAUCUCUGUUCUCACUGCAACUUAACACCAAUCAUGUUGAUUGAGUGAAUCGGCUGGGCUUAACUGCAUAGUGUCCAUAUGCACGCUCAAGAACUCACACAGUGUGACUUCUUUUUAGAAGUUAUAGAUGUCAGGAAUCAGGAUAUAAAGACUCAUUGUUUUAACAGUCAGCAUGUCAUUUUAUAGUUUAGUGAGUUGUUCCUUGAAUCCCUUGUGGUCUUGUGCCUUAAUCGAUGAAUUUUGACUGCAGCAAUAGAACUGUAUCCUUUGUACUCUCUUUCAGAGUUUUGCAUAGAGCAGUAAAUAAUAAUUUGUGAGUGAAGGCGGUGGACUACAAUGGACUUUAUGUGGUGCUGUGUGUCUGCUUGGGAUUAACUUGCUGGUAUCCAGUCACUCAGGCUUUGUUUAGAGGAGUUUAAAUGUAGAAUAUGGAGAAGUGCCUUUUAAACCCUUCCAGAACUGUUUUAGAGAGGUCACUGUCCUAGCAUGAAACAGGAAUAUCAGAACUGUACUGUUCACGGCAUCCCCAUAUUGGUCAGUAUUUUGGCCCAAGCACCCAUCCACCUACCAAACCCUUUCCUCCCCACUGUUCUCUUCCCUGCUGUGCCUCUUCUUCCUUAGAGCCCCUGGAGGAGCAUCAGGUAGCCCAGCUGCUGAGGCGCUUUUCCACAGACCCCAGUAUUGGCCACCCAUUCUCUUUGGACAGUGCUUUUGCCCACCACCUCCAUCAGUGCUCCUACCAUCUCCGCCUCUUCCGCAACUG